AUGGUAGAACAGGAAGAUUUGGAUGAUGAGGAAAUGGUUCAAAUAUUUGAUCAUCUCAAUAUUGGUGAUGACAAUAUCACUAAAGAUAAAAAUGAGAUUCAUAAUGAGACUACUUCUUUAAAGAAAAACAAUAGAAAAAGACCUUUUAAUACUCUAAAGCCUAAAUUGGCUCAAAACAAAAGAUUAGAAGAUUUUGGGAAAUUUAAUUAA